AGAAACUGCGCAGGCGUAGUAGGCGUGGCAGCCGAAGCGAUCCGGCCGGAAGCACAGAACGUCCGAUCCGCCAUGGCAGUCGUGGCGGUGCACCUGGACUCGGACGCGUUCCUGGUGUGCCUCAACCAUGCCCUGAGCACGGAGAAGGAGGAGGUGAUGGGGCUGUGCAUCGGCGAGGUGGACACCAGCAAGAUCGUGCACAUCCACUCGGUGAUCAUCCUGCGGCGCUCGGACAAGCGUAAGGACCGCGUGGAGAUCUCCCCAGAGCAGCUGUCCGCUGCGUCCACAGAGGCCGAGCGGCUGGCUGAGCUCACGGGCCGGCCCGUGCGGGUGGUGGGCUGGUACCACUCACACCCGCACAUCACCGUGUGGCCGUCGCACGUAGACGUGCGCACGCAGGCCAUGUACCAGAUGAUGGACCAGGGCUUUGUGGGCCUCAUCUUCUCGUGCUUCAUCGAGGACAAGAACACCAAGACUGGCAGGCUGCUGUACACGUGCUUCCAGUCAGUGCAGGCGCAGAAGAGCACCGACUAUGAGCGCAUUGAGAUCCCCAUCCAUGUGGUGCCACACGACACCAUAGGCAAGGUGUGCCUCGAGUCGGCCAUCGAGCUGCCCAAGAUCCUGUGCCAGGAGGAGCAGGAUGCCUACCGCCGCAUCCACAGCCUCCCACACCUUGACUCCGUCACCAUGAUCCACAACGGCUCCGUCUUCACCAAGAACCUGUGCAGCCAAAUGUCGGCCAUCAGCGGGCCGCUGCUGCAAUGGCUUGAGGACCGACUGGAACAGAAUCAGCAGCGGGUGCGUGAGCUGCAGCGGGAGAAAGAGCGGCUGCUGCAGGAGCUGGCUGCCCUAGACUGAGGCCUGGGAGGGGGUAGGGAGGGAAAAAGGGGGGGGGGUCAUUCCUGGGGUUUGGUGGUUUGCUUUCAGUCCUCCAACAGAGGUAUGGCAGGCACACUUGUACAGAGAUUCCCUGUGUUCCAAUGCUGGAAGAACUUGAUUUUUGUAUAAAGUAUUUUGGCGAAAAUCCCAGCAGAAUUGUCUGUGCAUUUAAUUCUGUGCACGGUAAGGAAGAGAAAAGUGUACCCAAAAGGAAAGAGAAGGGGAAAAGCACCUUGCUCGAGGUGCUGGAGAUGCAAGACCUUCCAGGAACCUUGGGGAGGCAGCCUGUACUUAUACAUAGCUAUAUGCAAAAUAGCAAGGCCUAUAAUUGGCACAAUGCAUAGAAUAUUGGACUGUGGAGUCAGGAAGACCCAAGUGUUAAUUCUACAGGCACUAACCUUUUUCAGCCUCCUUUCCUCACCUGUAAAAUGAGGAUGAAUAAUAGCACUACUAGUAAGAAUCAUAUGAGAGAGAAAGGUAAAGUUGUUUUUGUAAACGUUAGAGUACUGUAUAAAUGCUAGCUGUUACAUACAAAGCAGUGGGGUGGUAGUGGAAAACAUGAGGUGAUAGAAUAGGAAAGACUGGCUUAGAAGAUUGCUUUCAUUGCCCAGAUGUAAUUAGACACUAUAAAGUUCAUUCCUGAGUAUUAAUUAGCCACCAUGUAUGUGUAUGUACAUAUAUGUUUUUGUAUAUUCCCAGCCCCAAAAUAUAUACAAACACACAUACAUAUGAAAGACUUAAGGUAAAGAAGACUUUUAUUGCUCUAAUGAAGUUAGACACCAGAACAUUCAUGAAUAAUAAACCAGGAAAGAAUGAGUGUGCGUUUUACAGAGAAAGAGAGAGAGAGACAGCCAAGUGGCUCAAUGGCUAGAGCACUGAACCUGAAGUCAGGAAGACCUGAAUUUGAAUUUGACCUCAGAUACUAGCCCUAUGACCCUGAGCAUGUCAACUUCUGUUUGCCUUUCUCCAUUGGAGAAGAAAAUGGCAAACCACCCUAAUAUCUUUGUGAAAAAUUUUUUAUGAAUGUUAUGGUCCAUAAUAAGCAUAUGUAUUGCAUACAUGUAUAUAUGUACAGAUAAUAUUUGUUUAUAUAUACAUGCGUGUCUUGGGUAAAUGGUUAAUGGGCCCAUCAUUAACCAAGAGGAACUAGAUCACCUUCAAAAAAUCAUAAAGUUUCUUUGAUAACCCCAAACUUUUUCCAGAAAUAGAGGCCCACUUAAUAUGAACAUUUUACUAUUGUAUGGUAACUAGUUAUAAAAUAGUCUGCAAAGAAAUACAAAUGAAUAUUACUCAGAGGGCAGUGGAGCGGAGCAUUUUGGGUACAAGCAGACUGUAAUUAACAGCUGAAGAAAUGAAGUAAGGAAUGUCAUCAGGAAAGCUGUUUUUUUUUUUUUUUUAAGAUCUUUGUCAAUUGUCUAGUUACAAGACUAGAGCAAAGGAUACUGAUGGACAGCCUAUGUCAUCUACUGGUAUCCUUAAGAUAUCAGAAGAAAUUUAAAAAUCUUUCACAGAUGGAUCCUUUGAGAGCAUAUGGGCAAGAUUCAUGAAGGGUGGGUAACAUGGAUGAAUUGUAAUCUACAUCAUUGGAGGGAACAUUCACAUUGAUGAAAUAGCAGUUUUGAAUAUGUCUGGAAGAAAUAACUAUUAUAUUGAAUAUGAAAAGAUUCUGACAAACUGAAAAAGUGACUCCAAAAGAUAAACUUCAGCCUUCUUACUCUGAGGUUCAAAAACCAGAACAAUUAUGGGAUAAUAAAAGACAUAAACAGUGAAUUAACUUCAAAAUAAGUUGAUCCAAUAUUGUGAGGUACCUACUAAAAACCUCGUGACUUCUAAUACUGUUUUAACAGCAGAAUGUCCAGAGCAAGGGAUGAAAUAAUUGUGGACUUCUGAUCAGACCACAACUCAAGUAUUGCAUUCAGCUCUGGGCCUUCACAUUUUAGAAAGGUAACCCAAAAGGUGGCAAAACCAUGUCAAAUGAUGACUUUGAAGAAGAGAUGUACAGAGGGAUAUAUUCACUGACUUCAGACAUCUGAAAGACUGUCAUGUGAAAGAAGAAUUAUUUUGAUCUUGUUUGGCUUAAGAGCAUAGUCAGGCUUAACAUAAAGAAGAGCUUCCUAAUGAUCUCAUCUUUCUAAAUUUGGAUUUUAUGAAGGUAAUAAAUUCACUGUCAUCUACAGUGAUCAUCAGAAGCUAGAUAAUCACCUGUAAGGGUAUCAAGGAAGGGAUAUGUACAUUAUUUGGUAGUUGGUCAUGGUGAUAUCAAAGGAAAGGAAGCAUGGUGUGUGGUGAGUGGAAGAGCACUAAGCUUGGAUGCAAGUCCAGCUUGGUGACUGGUGGCAAAUAGUCCAAUGGAAUAGAUGCUGAAACUAGAGUCAGGAAGACUUCUUUUUCAGUUCAAAUCCACCCUCAGACACUUCUUAGCUGUGACUCUGAGCAAGUCAUUUACCCCUGUUUGCCUCAGUUUUCUCGUCUGUGAAAUCAGCUUGUCAAGGAAAUUGCAAACCACUCCAGUAUCUUAGCCAAGAAAACUGUAAAAGGGGUCAUGAAGAGUCUGAUAUGACUGAUCUCUAUGACUUACUAUAAUUUGACUUUGUUGAAAUUCAAUUUGAUUUCUGUACUAGUGGGUGAAUAAUCUCCAAGGUGGCUUGCUUUAACAUUUUAUGGUUACCAGAUGCUAAGAUAAAGCCAGCUCAGUGGUACAUAAGAGUUCUGAGUCUGCUGUCAGAAAGACCUGAGUUCAAAUUAAGCCUCAAAUCUGUGUGAUCCUGGGCUUAACCUCACUUUCCUCAACUGUAAAAUAAGGAUAAUAACAGCACCCACUUCCUAGGGUUGUUGUGAGGGUCAAAUGGGAUAGUACUUGUAGAGCCCUUGGCACAGUGCCUGGCAUAUGGUAGACGCUAUUAAGACUUAUUUCCUUCCCCCUCUGACACACCACGGAAAUAUGUUGAAGGCUUCCUAUAAAUGCCAUCUGACUGAAAGACAAAAUUAUACAUUGUGGUAAUAAUUCAAAGAAAAGUUUCCUAGGUAACACUUGAGCUGACUCCUGAAGGAUGGGUAGAAUUUCAAUAAAUAGAGAAGGUGGAAGGGGAAUUAUAACAGAAUGGAAUAAUAUGGCCAAAGGCAUCAAGGUAAGAAUGUUCAGAAUAUAUUUGAGGAAUUGUAGGUAGACUUUGACUAGAAUAUUGUUCAAAUGUGUCAUUGGUAGGGAAAUAGAGUCUGAGCUGAUGGAUACCAUUUUGUAGAGGAUUUUAAAUGACAAGCUAAGGAGUUUUAACUUUAUUAAUUAAGCUUUUGGAAGCUAUUGAUGGUUUUUGAGCAGAGGACCAAUUGGAUUCAAUCCUACAAGUAUUUAUUAGCUGUCUACCCAAUGUAAAGUUAUGUGCUAAGCAUUAGGAAUAUACAGAGAAAAACGAAAUCCCUACCACCAAUGAGCUCAUGUUCUUCUGGGAAGAAAUGAAUGUGGGUGUGUUUUAAUUCAUGUCCACACUCUUAAACUUGGAAACAGAAUUUUCUAGUCUCUUUAAAAAAAUUUUCCAGUGUCAUUGUUUGAAUCUAUUUGUUAAAAGUAGAAAAGUACAACACCAUCCAGGUAGUUCACAAGACUAUCAAAGAAGAUGGAAAUUUCUUGGCGAAUUUUCAAUAAAAACAUUUGUGUUAUUGGUGGGUAGAAUUGAAAAAUUAGUAUUGAGAUUUAGUAAGUGUUGCCAACAGUGUAUUUCCAUUCAAAUCUACAUCCAUUUUUCACCAAUCAUUGCCAAUAAAUUGGAAAUAAACUGAACUUUGAACCAAA